UACAAUAUCGAGUAGAAGAAGAAAAUUGAAGUAUUAAAAAUGAUUAGUGUAUAAUUCUAAAUUUUCAUUUCAAAUCAUUACUAAUAUUAAUCGGUUUAAUUAAAAUUUCGAUUUAUUUCUAUAUAAAAAAAACUAUUUAGAAAAACAAAUAAAUAAUCAAUAUGGCGAAUAUCGCAGCACAAAGGAUUAAACGUGAAUUCAAAGAAGUUAUAAAAAGUGAAGAGGUAGCGAAAUGUGCUAUAAGAGUGGAAUUAUUAAAUGACAGUUAUACAGAGUUAAAAGGUGAAAUUGCAGGUCCUCCCGAUACCCCAUACGAAGGUGGUAAUUUCGUUUUGGAAAUUCGCGUUCCGGAAACUUAUCCUUUCAAUCCACCAAAGGUUAGGUUUAUCACGAAAAUAUGGCACCCGAAUAUAUCGUCAGUAACAGGAGCCAUAUGUUUAGACAUAUUAAAAGAUCAGUGGGCCGCCGCUAUGACUUUAAGGACAGUUUUGUUGUCGUUGCAAGCUCUGCUAUCGGCGGCGGAGCCCGACGAUCCCCAAGACGCCGUCGUAGCCAAACAAUAUAAAGACAAUUUGGAAAUGUUCACUUUAACGGCGAAACAUUGGACGAACGCGUACGCCGGAGGUCCCUUUAUAAACGCGGAAUGUAACGAGAAAAUUAGGCGAUUGGUCGAUAUGGGUAUAGAGGAGCAUCAGGCGAGAGUUUCGUUGUCUUCUUGUAAUUGGGAUCUGGAACGAGCGACCGAACAACUUUUUAGUUAGUAAACAAUGUUUUUUUCCAUUCUUUCCCUCCCUCUCCUCCUUUUUCUUCGAUGAAUAUUUUUGGUUAUUUUUUUUUAAGAAACUUUAUUUCAUAAUUUUUAUGUAUUUCCAUUGUAAUAUAUUAUCUGCUCUGUCUAA